UUCGUACCCUCGAGUCGUCAACACUGCGAGUAUAUAUAUUCCUCCACCCCUGACCGACGCCACCUCAGCCUUGAUCUUGCAGCGCCGGCAACAUGCGUCUCCUGGUUCUGAUGGCGGCGGUGGCGUCGGUGACCCCUGAGAACGUCCCGAGUUCGCCAGUGCACCAGUUUUAUCAGUCUUCCGGAGGUAACUUCGUGCAUGGCUACGCCUAUCCUCACUACCAAGUCCAGAGUGGAGCCAACGUCCCGGGCGGCGUCAGUUACCUCAACGCCUAUGGUUAUCCAACCCUGCUGACUCAUCCCUUGUUUGGCUUUGCCACCAACCACCAGAACCCCGUGGCUCCUGUCGGGAAGUUUAGAUCUGUACCCGCGGUAGAGACCUUCCCCGCAGGCGUUCCUGUGGUCUCGCAACAGGACGCUUCUAAGUCAGAGCAAGACUCUGGAAGGACCCCUCUGUCACCAUUGCUAAAGAUGGCAUAUGACGCAGGCUUCGUCAGUGUAUCAGGAAUCUCCCAGUCAGGCUCUCCGCUGUACGAUGUGUCUCCUUUCUUGGCUGAGGACGCCGGCAGCGUGUCUGAGCUGGCUUAUCGUCUUGAGGCGGUCCCUGUUGCCGCUGUGCACGAUGUUCAGAGGCCACACGGGCGUCCUGCCCAUAGCUUCUCUCCAGUCCUCAUCCACGACGAUAAUCCUCAGGUCACCAAGUACACCCUUGAAGUGCCCGUCCAGUAGCUUCACCGAGUCUGGUAGCGAGUUAUUAAACGCCACGAACAGAUAUGAUUGAUGUUAUUAUCUAAACGCACACAUGUAUUUUAUACUUUCAAUUAUUGACUGAAGUUAGAGGAUAAGGAACGUAAAUAAAGGCGUGUACCCAAGUUAUAUAAGGGACUACUACACUAAAGAUAGCUAUUCUUG